CUUGGCCAAUGUAUUUUACAAGAGGCUAUUUGUUUCAUACGCAGAAUCACGGAGCUGGACGAAAGACAUGUAACUAUGGGGUAAGUGUUAAAGGUGAAAAUUACGCGGAUGCAUCUGAUUCAGCGGAUUUCCACGGGAACUUAAUUGAUAUCAUAGAACUCCAGUAUGAGGGCAUGGUCAAUUUGAGGAUCACACUUUUUAAGUGUAAUUGGUAUGACCCUGUUAUCGGUAGAGGCACUCGGCGGAGCCAAAGUGGCGUUGUAGACGUUCUAUCAACGAGAAAAUACAAUAAAUACGAGCCAUUUGUUCUAGCUUCUCAAGCAGAUCAAGUUUGUUAUAUUCCUUAUCCAUAUACGAAGAAACCAAAGAGCAUUUGGCUCAAUGUUCUAAAAGUGAAUCCGAGGGGAAACAUUUCAGGAGAAUAUGAAACCAAUGACGAUCCAACUCUUUUGCAAACAGAAAAUGAUGAUGGUGUUUUGCUGACUACAAUUGAAGAUAUUGUACUUGACAAUCGAGUUGAAGAUUUUGACCCAAUAAUCCUCGAUUACGAUGUUGGUGAUGCUGAACCAGAAGAUGAAUUCCAGUGUAAUUUAUCGUCUUCUGACGAUGACGAAACAUGGUCUGAAGAGCGCUACUAAAUCCAUAACUAUUUUAUAUUU